CACUGCAAAGAGAGUUAAUGGAGAAAGAGGGUGUUGCCAUUACCAGUACAACUACAGUUGCAGAGUUCAGGGGUUCCUUGGAGUAGCAUUAAAGUCUGAAACAAAGAACACCAAAGAUUUAUAAAUAAAAAGAGUCAUUUCUAUAAUAAAUCGGUUUCCUUUUUGUGAUUUAUAGAUGUGAAGAUUUGUCCUUUUUUACAUAGAAAAAGAUCUGAAACAGAGCAUAAAAGAUGGUUUACUUUCGUCAGAUCUUUCUCAUGAUCAUCAUAGUGGCGACGAUAUCAUUACAAUGCUGUAGCAUUUCUGCUGACGAGAGAUACCGAACCCAGACCGUAAAACUCGUCGGAGAAGACGGAGGGGAGAAGAUAAAGCUCACUGUUUUGGAGAAGUUCAGAGCUUUACUCGAUUCGAUCAAACCCUCUGCUUCCAGGAGAAGAAACCUCGCGGCGUCUGCUCCUUACUCUCCUUGGCCAGCUCCGUCGCCUUCUCCGUUUCCAAACGGUGGUCCAGUGGAGUCUCCGGCGUACUCUCCAGCUCCUCAACGGCCAAUCCCUCCGCAUCUCCGUCGUCCGUUGCCUCAACGUACACAUCCGCCGAGACAGCACGAGGUUCAGAGGCGGAAACACGAGAAAAUGGGAAUCUUUGUACCUCUCGUCGUUUCGACAGCUUGUGGGAUAGGUUUCGUGGUUUGUGUAGUUGGAGUGUUCUGUUUAUGCGCGAGAAUCAGAAAGAGGAACGGUAAAACGCUGUCGUUUAAACGGAAACAGAGGAAGAAAUCUCAGAAGGUCAGUAUAAACCCUACUCUCGACUUCUUGUAUUUAAACUCAGUUGGUGUCGAUUUGGAGAGACAGAGCUCUGUUCCCGUUAAGGAUUUGAACGAUGAGUUGCGUGAAGAAGAGGUUAAGACAAGCGUGGAAACAGAGAUCUUACUAGAUUCGGACAAUGCUAGUAGUUACUCAACGAAAGAGAUUGUGUCGGUGCAUGAGGAAAAAACAGAGCACUCUGUUUCUGCUCAUGUCCUCCUUAGCCGUGGAUGUGAUUCUUCAGAAGGUGAUGAGUCUUUUCAUUCAGUUGGUGGUGGCUCUCACUACUCAAAUCCAAGACUCUCGAACGCUUCUUCUUCCUCUGUUUCUGGUAGUCUUAACGUUGGAUCCUCUCAACGCUUCUCAGAACGGGAACUAGACAUUCCUGAAUGCUCAGGAAACGUUUUCGGAAUCUCUCCUCCUCCGCCACCGCCACCACCACCACCACCGCUUCCACAGUUUUCAAACAGAGGACUUCAAACUCUGUCAACGCGAGAAACGGUUAAGCCGCAGACGCUUUCAUCGCAGCUAUCAGCAAAAGUUUUUGCUUCUUCCUCUAAACCUCUGCCGCCUCCACCACCACCUCCACCGCUACGACCACCACCCCCGUUACAACAACCUCUAGCGAUGAACAAAACGCCGCCACCUCCUCUGUCUCUUGAUUUUUCUCAACGUACACCGUUAGGUAAAGACGGAGCUCCGUUACCUAAGCUGAAACCACUUCACUGGGAUAAAGUCAGGGCUACACCGGACCGGACCAUGGUCUGGGAUAAGAUCAGAACAAGCUCUUUUGAAUUGGAUGAAGAGAUGAUAGAGUCGCUCUUUGGAUACACAAUGCAAACCUCCACUAAGAAUGAAGAAGGGAAGUGCAAAACUCCAUCACCAGGAAAACACCUUCUUGAACCUAAAAGACUUCAGAACUUCACCAUUCUCUUGAAAGCCCUUAACGCAACAGCUGAUCAAAUCUGCUCUGCCUUAGGGAAAGGGGAAGGUUUGUGUUUACAGCAACUAGAAGCAUUGGUGAAGAUGGUACCGACUAAAGAAGAAGAACUGAAGCUGUGUAGCUACAAAGGAGCAGUGGAUGAGCUUGGCUCGGCUGAGAAAUUUCUCAGGGCACUUGUGGGAGUUCCAUCUGCAUUUCAAAGAGCUGAAGCAAUGCUUUAUAGAGAAACCUUUGAAGACGAAGUGGUUCAUCUCAGAAACUCAUUCUCAAUGCUUGAGGAAGCUUGCAAGGAGCUUAAGUCAAGCAGGUUAUUUCUAAAGCUACUAGAAGCUGUCCUCAAGACUGGGAACAGGAUGAAUGUAGGAACCAUACGCGGUGGCGCGAAAGCCUUCAAGCUUGACGCUCUGCUCAAGCUAUCUGAUGUGAAGGGCACAGAUGGGAAGACAACUCUGCUCCACUUCGUCGUGCAAGAGAUAUCUAGGUCUGAGGGAAUCAGGGUUUCAGACAGCAUCAUGGGACGGAUUAUGAACCAGAGAUCAAACAAAAACAGAACAGCCGAGGAGAAAGAAGAGGAUUACAGAAGGAUGGGGCUAGAUCUUGUCUCUGGUCUAAACACGGAGCUAAGAAACGUGAAGAAGACGGCAACGAUUGAUCUUGAAGGACUCGUUAGCUCGGUUUCAAACCUAAGAGACGGCUUAGAGCAGUUGAGGUGUCUAGCGAGCAACGAAGAAAACAGAGCGUUUGUUAGUUCAAUGAGCUCGUUCUUGAGAUACGGAGAGAGGAGCUUGGAGGAGUUGAGGGAAGACGAGAAGAGGAUAAUGGAGAGGGUUGGAGAGAUCGCUGAGUAUUUUCAUGGAGACGUGAGAGGAGAUGACAAGAACCCGUUGAGGAUCUUUGUGAUUGUUAGGGAUUUUCUUGGGAUGUUGGAUCAAGUUUGUAGAGAGUUGAGGUGUGUUAGGGUUCCCAACAGCCCUAGCCCUUUGGCUCCGUUUCGAUGAGCUACGAACAGAGGUUUGAUUGUUUGGUUUCUGUAGGAUUUUUAUUGAUGAAGUUGUUUAUGAUAUAACAGGGUAAUGUGAAGAUCGUUAUGCAUGGAUUUGUAUAUGUAUCAUAUGCUUAAAUCUUGAUUAAAAGGAAUAUUUCUAGACUUUGAUAUUUUUAGUUUUGUUUCUUUUGUUUAAAUAAAAAGUUUUUGUGUGUGUUUGAAAUUGUAAUAAUCUUUGAAUGAUGAUUCUUUUAUGUUCCUCA